UGGGUGAUCACAUGAUUUGACAGCUGCCUGUAAUCGGAAGUGUGUGAUCUGUACUGUUGUUAUGGAUGAAGAUGGGCUACCGAUUGUGGGCUCUGGAAUAGAUCUUACGAAGGUUCCUGCUAUUCAACAGAAAAGAACAGUGGCAUUUCUGAACCAGUUUGUUGCUCACACAGCUCAGUUUCUAAACCGUUUUGCAGCAAUUUGUGAGGAGAAACUGUCAGCCCUGUCACUCCGCAUUCAACAAAUUGAAACAACUUUAAAUAUCUUGGAUGCCAAGCUUUCCUCAAUACCUGGCUUAGAGGAUGUGAAAGUCGAAACCCAGCACAUACCUCAGAAUAACAUUACCAAUGGACAUUCCCCAUCACAAACUGAUUCCCCGCAAUCAGAUGUUACACAGAAUUCAGUGAAGGAUAUACCCACGCAGAAGGAAGAAGCACAAACGGAAAAUGUUAUCACUGUGGCAAAAGAUCCUAGAUAUGCCAGAUAUCUCAAGAUGGUUCAAGUGGGCGUUCCAGUAGUGGCUAUCAGAAAUAAAAUGAUUUCUGAAGGGCUUAAUCCUGAUUUAUUAGAGACACCAGAUGCUCCAGUUCCUGAUGGGAAACCUGUACCAGAAGAAAGCUCUGACAGUGAAUCCUCAUUCAGUGACUAAAAUACUUUGUAUAUUAUGUUUUUGGUCACUGUGCAUUAGUUGUGCCACUAAAUCAAUCAAUCACAAUAUCCAAAAUUCCUGCCCCAGUACAUUGGUGAACAGGCUUGAGGGUGUAUUAUGUUACUUUGGCUGCGUUAUGCCUAUUAUAAAACAAUUCAGAUUUGGAGACUUUCCACUAACACAAUAGUAAAUUAAAAGGAUAGUAAAAUAAUGAAUGCACUUACCUGUUGGUUUUUGCCAAAUACUUUGCAUUGUAUUCAUAUUUUUAUAAAAAUAAACUUUAACAUAUAGUGUUUUACCGCUAUACAGUAGUUAUUAAAGCACUUGAACCAGGACCAAAUUGAAAUAAAACAUUCUCCAGAUA